AUUUUUUUUUCUUCUUCUCACUCUUUUUCACCUUUUUCUUUUACAAAAAACCGUUCAAUGAAAGGACCUGUUAUUUUAGGCGGUUCCAGUCACCCAAAGCUCGUACAAGAGAUCUGUGAUCGUUUGGGUAUUGAAGCGGGCAAAUCCCGUCUCAGCAAAUUCAGCAAUAACGAAACCAGUGUCGAAUUAUAUGAAAGUGUACGUGAACAAGAUGUGUAUGUGAUUCAAUCGGGUUGUGGACACGUCAAUGACAACUUUUUCGAACUUCUCAUCAUGAUUCAAGCUUGUCAAACUGCCUCUGCUCGUAAAGUCACUGCCGUCAUUCCUUUUUUCCCUUAUUCCAGACAACCCGAUGCACCCUUUAAACGUUCGGGCGCACCUUUCAUUCGUCCCCCUCCCAUGACCGUACCUUCUUCGCCUAAAACUACACCCUCUACCCCCAAAAACGAAGUAGCGGAAAACCCAUUUGAACCAGCCAUUGCACCCGCCUUGUUCUCUCGAUUGUCAAAUGAUUUGGACGCUGGUCAGCAAAUCAAGUUGGGCGCUCCCAGUGUUCGUAGUCAUGGCAUCAGUACUUCCGUUCAAGGCAAUAAUAAACAAGUGUCAAAUAACAAUGUCAAUGAUGGAUAUAAACAAUGGGUCGUACGAUCAGGUACUUUAAUUGCUGAAUUAUUGACAUGCGCAGGUGCCGAUCAUAUCAUUACAAUGGAUUUGCACGAUCCUCAGUUCCAAGGGUUCUUUGACUGUCCUGUGGAUAAUUUAUCAUCAUUGCCAUCCAUGGGUCGAUAUAUUUACCGUAGCAUUCCUGGGUAUGAAGAAGCAGUGAUUGUCUCUCCCGAUGCCGGUGGAGCCAAAAGAGCCACUUCAAUUGCCGAGAAAUUACAUAUGGACUUUGCAUUGAUUCAUAAGGAACGUCGACGACCUGACAAGCCUCAAAAGCACGAUUUGAUGUUGGUAGGCGAUGUACGUAACAAGGUGUGUAUUCUAAUCGAUGAUAUUGCGGAUACUUCCUUCACUAUUACUAAGGCAGCCAAACUCUUGCACGAGAAUGGGGCCACCAAGAUUUACGCCUUGAUUACACAUGCAGUUUUAUCAGGCGAUGCAGUGGAAAGAAUUCAACAAAGUUAUCUGGAUCAUGUGGUUGUGAGUGAUUCCGUACCUCAAGAUGAACACUUGUUAAAAUGUGACAAGUUCAAGAUCUUACCGGUCGCUUCACUUUUCGCUGAAGCCAUUCGACGAAUUCAUUUUGGUGAAAGUGUUAGUACCUUGUUUGAUCCUGAGUAUGAGUUAUCCUUUUAAAAAAAACAGAAAAAGAAAUAAAAAAAAAAAGAAGAAAGAAAAUAGGAAAUGUUUAUUU